AUGUCCAACGCGAAACCAGUAUGUGUACCAGCUGAUCCCAACGCAAAUCUAAGCUCGAGCGACACAAACGACACAUCAAUCAUUGUACCAUUUAGAGAAGCUGUAAGCUCAUUAACAUUUCUAGCUCAGGCCACUCGACCCGAUAUCUGUUUUGCUGUCAAUCAUGUCAGUAGGUACUGCAACAAACACGAUAAAGUACACUGGACAGCUGUGAAAAGAAUUUUCAAAUACUUGAUCGGAACCAUAAAUCAUGGUCUACUGUAUGAAAGCGGCGGGAGACAGUUAAAUUUAAAACUCUACGGAUACUCCGAUGCAGACUUUGCAGGAGAUCUGGACACGCGCAAGUUCACAACCGGAUAUGCUUUCUGCGUCAACAAAGCACUUGUCAUGUGGUCGUCCCAGAGACAGAAAAUUGUAACUCUCAGUACCACCGAAGCUGAAUACGUAGCUGCUGCGACAGCCUACAAAGAAGCAAUAUGGCUCAGACAACUGCUCAUAGAUCUAGAACUCCUAACAGACAAACACGUCGACUUAUCUGUAGAUAAUCAAAUACACAGUAAUAUACAGCUAUUAUCAUUUUUAUGGUUUGCAGGAAACAAAUGUGUAAUACGGGAUGUUGCAUCUAGAUUUGAUAUAGCAGAAUCUACUUUUCAUGCUAUCACAUCCAAUAUUAUGAAAUAUUUAAAUCAUAUUGCUCCAAACAUAAUAAAGAUGCCAGAUACAGAAAACAAAAAAGGAUUAGUUGCUCGUGAAUUUGAAAAUAUAUGUGGAUUUCCUGGAGUUCUUGGAUGUAUUGAUGGAACAUAUAUUAAAAUUAGAACGCCUGCAAAAAAAAUCAAGAGCACAUAUAUUAAUAGGCAUCAUUAUCCAUCUCUAACAUUACAAGCAGUUUGUGAUGCUAAUAAAUUAUUUUUAGAUGUUUUUACCGGCACUCCCAGUAAAAUACACGAUGCAAGAGUAUUUCAGUUAUCAUUUUUAAGUACUGAAAUACAAAAUAUGGCAGAUUNUUUUCAUUUAAUANGCGAUGCGGCAUAUCCAUUAAGAAAAUAUUUAUUAACACCUUAUAGAGAUUACGGUAAUCUUACAGCUGCUCAACAAAAUUAUAAUCAGAAGUUGUCUAAAACAAGAGUUAAAAUAGAAAAUGCUUUUGGAUUAUUAAAACAAAGAUUUAGGCAACUAAUACUACUAGAUUUUUUCACAGUUAAACGGUCUGCUAAUUUUAUUAUCUCCUGUUGUGUAUUACAUAAUUUAUGUAUUAUGAAUAAUGAUAUUUUAGAUGAUUUAGAUAUUGAGAAUAUUGAGAAUGUAGAAUAUAAUGAAAGGCGUAUGAACAAUGAACAGAAUCGAAAUGAUAGAAUGGAGGGGGAAAUAAAAAGAGAUAUUAUUUGUAAUAUAUUGCCUUUUAAUUAGAGAACAUGUAACAAAACAUACAUAUAUAAAUAAAACUGU